AUGUCGCUGUCGCCGAGUUCCUCAAGGGAGCUUGUCAUGGGCCUUGACUAUAGCAGGGCCGAUACCAAGAGGGCUCGCGAAGGCUACAUGGAGCCUCGGGUCCGCAACGUCGCCAUUGCCAAUGCCAUGGCACAUAGGAGCCAUGGACAUCAUCGCUCGGGGUCUUCGACAAAGCGCUAUCGUCCCUCGGAGGGGGGUGAAGCUGUUCAUCAUCACUCCUCAUCUCAUCGUUCAUCACGUGAGCUCGAUUCUGUCCUAGCCCAAGCAUCAGUGUCAUCAAGAGGAACAAGCCAAGACUUGGCCUUGAGGCCCAGAAGGGCCAGGACACAUCAACUCCCUUCUCCUCCCCCAGAAGACUUCCCAUAUCGUCAUGGCCAGGUCGAGCCUGUACCUAGAGCCAUUGGUACACAAACAAGUCGAGAUCUGCAAGGCUUUGGCGCAUGGUGCGAUCCAAUUGCCUCACCUCAGCAGCAAGUCUUUGCUGGAAGCCCCUACAGCUAUGAGGAUGCCCCCCAAAGCACUCGCAGCAGGAGGGAUAGCAUAUCCAUCGCACCCAGCACACCACGGGAUCGGCUGUUGCCAAUGCCUGAGCUGUCGCCCAUGCCCACGCACUUCGUCUUCUGUCCCUGCUGCGUCGAUGAGGAGGACAGAAUAAACGAGACGUGGCACAUGGCAGGACCCGAGAAAAUGGACACUCAACGUAGGUUGCCUCUGAUGGAUUCUCGAGUCUCGCGAUCAGCGACCUGUAACCGCUUUCAGUCUUCCGUGUCUUGGAACGACAUGGUUCCUCAAACGCUAGGCAUCAUUAUCCAAUCCAGUUGA